AUGCCGCGAAAGGGGCCGCCCAAGUCAACCCGUCGCGACGACCGCGACAAAGAACGCCAGAAGGCAGCUGGCGAGAGGAUGCGGGCCGAACAAAAGGAAGAGCGAUCCAAGCAAGCCCUUCGUGACUUUCAUACACACAAACCAGAGAUGCCUGAAACUCGAGGUGUCCAACGGGACCUACGGCGCGGCUUGGCCGCCCAAGGACUCGAUCUGGAGCGGUACGGUGACUCCGAGUCCCAGCGGCUAGCACGAGGGAACGUGAUGGAGAAGUCGGAAGUAGUCGGUCGCGCCGUUCCCCGUGGAUUUGCCUCGUACGAUGAUGCCACAGCAGACGACGAGUUUGGAUAUGACUCUUCAUAA